AACUACCCCAAAUGCGCUGCUGAGCGAACGGCCGCUCUCAUGGCUACCUGCGCCUGCGCUGUCGCUGUCGUUGCGCUGCUCAGGUAAACGAGUCGAGUCGCCUCGGACUCGUUUUGCCGUCGUCGCGUAUCGUUUUUAGUCAACGCGCUUGCCCCGACGAGGAUCAGUAUCCUUUUGGCGUUCCGUGUGCGCGGUUGUCUGCCGCUCGUCCUGAAACGCAGCUACAAAAACUCUGAGCUCACCAAUGAACUAAAGCGAAACGCGUAAAAUUUGUUAAGUUUUUAUCUGUUCGGACAUUACAAUAAAAAAGUACGUGCAAUAAUUUGUUGACACUUCAAUUCGUACUUCAACCAAAGCUUUUAUGUUGUGAAUCAUUUGUGUUGUGUUCUGUGUGUGUGUUCUGAAACUAAAACUUGUCACUCGAUUGGAUUAACUACACCUUGGAUUAUCAACUAAACAAAAAUGGAUUACAAAAACGAUCUUAACUCGGACGACGAUUUCGACUGCUCCAAUGGCUAUAGCGACAGCUAUGGCAGCAAUGGUCGCUUGACCAAUCCCAAUGGCCUCUCCAAGGCGGAGCUGAGAAAAACAAAUAAACCCAUUAUGGAGAAACGGCGUCGGGCUCGCAUCAAUCACUGCUUGAACGAGCUCAAAUCCCUGAUCCUGGAGGCAAUGAAGAAAGACCCGGCGCGACAUACCAAGCUGGAAAAGGCCGACAUACUCGAGAUGACGGUGAAGCAUUUGCAGUCCGUGCAGCGCCAGCAGCUAAACAUGGCCAUCCAGACCGAUCCCGGCGUGGUGCACAAAUUCAAGACGGGCUUUGUCGAGUGCGCCGAGGAGGUGAAUCGCUACGUCAGCCAAAUGGAAGGCAUCGAGCCGGGCGUGCGCCAGCGUCUCAGCGCCCAUCUCAACAACUGCGCCAACAGCCUGGAGCAGAUUGGUUCCAUGAGCAAUUUCAACAGCGGCUAUCGCGGUCAGCUGCCACCGGCCAUGUUCCCGGGUGCCGCGGCGGCGCCCCUCUUCCCACCUCUGCCCCAAGAUCUGAACAACAACAACAGCAGCAGCAACAGCAGCCGCGAGGGCGUCACAACAGCGGCGCCAGCCAUACAAAUGGGCGGCCUUCAUCUGAUACCCUCUCGCCUGCCGUCGGGCGAGUUUGCACUGAUUAUGCCAAAUACAACGACAGCGACAACGGCACCAGCGCCGGCCCCCUUUGUCUGGCCAGGAGCAGCUGUGAAUGCCGCCAGCGCUGCGCUGGCCAACAUUGCCAAUCCCACGCAUCUCAACGACUACGCGCAGAGCUUCAGGCUGAGCGCAUUCAACAAGCCAGUGGCGCCUGUCCAGACCCAGCUGCAGGCACCGGGAGCAGCAGCUAACGUGGCGGCCAAGACCACCACCAGCAGUCCGCCGCUGAGUCCCAUCUCGUCCAUCUCCAGCCACAGUCAAGGCGAUGAGUCGCGCGCCGCCUCGCCAGCGAGUGCCGCUCAAGCGGAACUGCUGCUGGCCAAGCAGCACAGCUUUGCCGGCGUCUUCUCCACGCCGCCGCCCACCAGCGCCGAGAGCUCCUUCAACAGCAGCGGCUCACUGAAUCUGAGUGGCGCCAGCCACGACACCAGCGGCUCGCUCUGCAACAGCUCACGCUCGCUGAUGGCGCAUCACUUGCAGCAGCAGCAAGUCAGCUCCACCAGUGGCCAGGAGACGGGCAGCAUGAAGCGGGAGCGCGAGCGUGAGACGGAACUGGAGCGGGAGCAGGCCGAUUCUAGCGAUUGUUCGUUAUCGGACGAACCAUCGUCUAAGAAAUUCCUGGCCGCAGCCAACGAGAAGUCCAGCUCCGCCUGGCGGCCCUGGUGACGCAGCAACAGCAGCCCCUCAAGCAUUGUCUAUAAUUUAUGUUAAGU